AUGAAGGUUUCUUCCAUCAUCCUGACAAUUUUUACACUGGCCACAACUGGCCUGGCAACGAAGACGUGUACUCCUAGCUUUGAUUAUUGCUCGGACGUCCUUAUCAAAGACAAAGGUAAUAUGUUUUCCGUCAAGAAUUCGUGCACCAUGCUAAUUGAAGAAACAAUAGGGUUCACCGAGGCCGAUCUGAAGGAUGUUUUGAAAGGGUCAGAUCUAGAGAAGGAGGAUGUUAAGAAUGUUCUCUUCCAUUGCAAGAACCCCGGCGACGUUGGACACCCGAAGCUUUGCACGAGUGGAUGCAAAGACCCAGCGACAGAGGGUAGCCACUCCUGCUCAGCGUAA